AUGGCAGUUGAAUUUGGGGACCAUUCCAGUGGCUUCCGCCAUAUUGAAGUAAUCAGAUUCAUUAACAAUGAAGUCCUUAUGAAUGGAGGGGGUCCAGAAUUCUAUAUGACCUUCCGCUCUCGGUCUUGGAAUGAGAUAGAAGACCAGCUUCAUACCAUCCUUGUUGACCCCAAAGUGCCACGCUCCCUCAAGAGGGCUUGUACCUGGAGCGCUUUGGCUUUGAGUGUGAGAGUGGCUGCCAGGCAGCGGGAGCAGCAGACACGUAGAGUUGGGAGGUUACAGGACCAGGUGGGAGAGCGUGAGACAGCUUCCUGGACUCUAGCCUCUGAACAGCAGCGGUUGCGAGAGGAGAGGGACCAGGCAGCAGCUCAACUUGUUUCUACACUGACUGCCCUACAAGAGGCAAUGGAUGAGCGGGAAGUACUUCGCGGGAGGCUGCUCCAAGCAGAGAGGUCUGCAUUGGCGGAUGUACCUGAACCUAGAAUGCAACAGUGUAGGGCAGAAUUGUGGUCCCUUGAGGAAGAGGUAGGAUCCAGAGAGGCCCAGAACACAGGCAAUUUGGCAGGUCAGAUGCCAGUCUCACCAAUCUUGUCUUAUUUGCCAGGACUUCCAGGUCCUUGGGUGAAAGCAGUGCAUCCCUUUCUUCGAAUGCCUGUGCCACAUCCACUACCACUCAAUUCGCAACUUCCCUUGGGAUUACCAUAUUCAACACCUGUACCAUGUCCAGUAGUGAUGGAAUCAGGAGCAACAGCAUCAGACAUGACUGCAGCUGUACCUCAGAUGGAUCCUGCAGCAAUCUGCCCAUCUAGCUUGUGGGUUACAAUGGGGUCCCAGGAAACAAUGUCUUCUGCUUGGGACCAAGUCUGCCAAAGGCAGAAUGAAUGUUCUGCGUUCCUCCAGCAUGUAAGUCACCUGGGAGACAGUGUAAGCCACAGUGAAGAAGGUCCACAGAAACCCCAUGAGAACAGCAGCAACAACCAUAAGGAAAGUAAUGUCAUACCCCAGGUCAUGGCUGCCACUGAGGAGAAAAAUCCAGGGAAGGACCAGGUAACAGCUGCACUGGAGGUCAACAGUAACCACAGCAUAAAGGAAGCAUCAGUAAUGCCCCAGGGUAUGGCUUCCCAGGAGAACAAUCCCAGCUGCACCCUGAAGAAAUAUCCAGGGAUUCCCAGGAAGGUGGUUGGCCCAAGAGACAGCAUCAACCAUAAUACCAAAGAAGAUUCAGUAUCUCCCCAGGAAACAGCUACCCAGGUGAACAAAACUAGCCCCAUCCUGAAAAAAUAUCCAGGGUUUCUCCUGAGGAGACCUAGCCUGGAAAGUAGCCUUAGCUAUAAACAGAAAGAGGGUCCAAAGAUAUCCCAGGAGACAGCUGCCCUGGGAGAAGAUAACAGAAAUAGCAAACAGGAGGAUAUAAUCACUUUUCAGCAGAGGUUACCCCAGGCUACUGGUGGAAGCCCUAGUGAGAGGAAAGAUCAGGUGAUGCCACCAGUGACUGGCAAGAGCCAGAACCAGAAAGAAGAGCCAAACAGAUUCCAAGCAAGCCCUCUAGGAAAAUGUACAAGUUAUUGUGUGAAUAAAGGUCUCCCAAAACAUCUGCCUCCAAAGCAAAAGAACAAGCCACCUCAAGAAGCAAAGGCCUUUGAACCCAAACCACCUCAAGGGCCACCUCAAAGGGCAAAAUCCUCUGAAGCCAAACAACAGGAGAAAACCUCCUUACACCGUACUCAAAUGAAUUGGGUGUGCCCAUCAUGUAAAGCUGUGAAUCGGUCAUGGUCCAGAGGCUGCUAUAAAUGUACAAAAGCAGGUGUUCAAUUUCAGAGGAAAUAUUUUGACCCCAAACCAACUUACUGA